CACAUGCAUUUGUUUUUGUUUGUUGUUGUUUAGAGCGCUGCGCUUUUAAACUCUAGAAAGUUGCAUUAAAAAUAGCAAAAAUCAUGUCUGACUCUUCAGAAGAUGAAGAUAUGUCAAGAUUCAAGGACGCAGUGGAUAAUUCUUUCAUGAAAAAUAUCAAUUCUACCGGUAACCUUCCACAAGAGGAAACCCCAAAGCCAAAGUCUGAGAGAUAUCUGGAAGAAUCUAGUCAUUACAAUGAUGUGAAGGUGCCUGAUGAGAAACAGCGCCAGAUCGCAGCUAAAGUGUCUGCCAUUAUAGAAAAGAAAAUUAAAUUUGUUGACAUCAAGCAUGAUGAGAAUAUUCAAAACUCAGAUUGUGCAGAAAUAGAAGGGGGAGUGAGGCUGUUCAGUGAUUCUACAGAUUUUCUAUCUUGUGAAGAACAAAAAGAUACUUAUACUGAAGGCCACAACUUAAAAUCCAAAAAGCUUAAAAUCAAGAAACGGAAAAUAGAUGAAGAAGAAGAAGAAAUUAAUGAAGAUGAUAAAAUCAAAGCUGCUACUCUCAGUGGCGAAUACGUGAUGUCAAAAGAAGAAAUCAAAAGCUGGAAGUCAAGGAGAAAAGAAAAACUGUUCAAAUAUAAGAAACAAAAUAAAAACAGUAAAGUUUUAACUGCUGUCGAAUAGUCCAAGGGUAAGGGUUACUUCAUAGUUUCUUAAAACUGUUUCUUCUAAUGAGAGAAUAUUACAGCUAGUGCCUAAUAAGUACUUAAAACAAAAAUAAAAGUCUUAAAAACCUUGAAAA